CAUAGCUUGAGCUAUACACAAGUACAGCAUGCUAGAUCUACACUAAGACACUUUCCAUUCAUGACAUAUAAAUAACAGUAAGUCAAAAAACCGUCAAAUUUGAUAAAAAAUUCAGUGUAUUUCACGUGUAUUUUACGACGUUAAUUUAACGAUGACCCUAGCGACGUGCUCGAAAGACCUUAAAUUCUAUAAAUGGCCCAGUAUCACAUAUAUAUGUGGGUACGAGGCAGCUCCUGCAGAGUGCAUGUCUAUCAAGACGAUCUCCUGGUCGUGUGAAGGUAACGAGAUUCUGGCAAUAAAAAACAAAGGAACUGCAGUGGUGAUGAACUCGCCUGUAGGAGGAGACGACUACAUAGAGGCUUUCGAUUUAGAUGUGUGUCACGUGACAACUGGGGCGUUCUCAAGCACCAAUUCUAACAACAUCGCUUUUGGUUGUGAGAAUGGAACAAUGUUUACUUAUGAUCUCAAUUCAAAGAACUUAAUACUAAGAUCAAGUUUGCCGAGCGGAAUCCAACAUCUGGACUUCUCGAACGAUGACCGAACUAUAGCUGUUGGCUGUACUAACAGCCAAAUAGUUCUGUGCGAUCAUACUUUGAAGCCUUGCGCAAGUUUUUUGAUCCCGAACAGCCCCACACUAGCUUGCAUGACUUACAGCAAACUCGCUCCACAUUUACUUGCGGCUGGAAGUAGAGAAGGUAUUCUAGCCAUGUGGGACACUGAGACAACUGACAAUUUACUUACACAAAGGCUUCACACCGGGAAAGUAGCAGACAUAGCUUUCAACAAUAACUUGGUAUGCACAGUUGGGGCAGACGGCAGAUUCUCCAGUUUCGAUCUACGAAGCUACACGAAAACCGCCACGUUGGACUACGAUUGCUCUUUCUGUAGCUUGGCCUUCCUCCCAGGUUGCUACGAAAUGGCCUGCAGUACCACCUCAGGUCAACUCAGAAGUUACGACAUCAGGAACAUGAGGUCGCCACUCAGAACCUUUUUGGCUAACGCUAAUGUGCCUAUCAGGAAGAUAGCUUUCCCGCAAACCCGGUUCGAAGAAUGCUCAUGUUGCUCUCCUAUAACCAGCACUUACACCAAUAAGUCUUAUGACGAGGAUCUGUCAGCAUCUGGAGACUUCAGCAUAGUGACUGAUUCCUCUUUGAAGCCUUCUAGAAGCGCUGAUUUGAAGACAUCUUAUCCAGCAAUAACACCGUUUCAACCAACAGCUUCAGAAGCAUCAGGGUCUCUUUUUUACAGUUGGGGUACAGUUUCCUGUGUUCCUAUACAGAAUGUAGCAAAAACUACUUUUGCUCUUCUUCAGCAGUGA